GAUUGGAGUGGUGAUAGAGAAGUAUAUAAACAGCUGAUGGAUUCGUCAUUUAAACGAUUAACGAUUCACGCAAAACAAGACACACAACCUCCUCCAACUUGCCUUUCAUCUGAUCUUGCCUUUCAUCUGACCACCUCGAUUGACGCAAUCCCUUGCAUCAUAUCUGCGAGUAACAAUCAUGAAGCUCAACACCUCCAUUGCCGCCCUCGCGACCCUCAGCGUGGCCUCCGCCGCCACACUGAACCCGUCUCCGCGUUCCGGCACAAAGCUCACGCAGAGCCAGGCGGCCUCGCGGCUGAGCGCGGCGGGCAUCACCUCGUACUCGUCGGGCGGCUGCACAGACCGCACCAACCCGACGUGCACGUCCUACGAGGGCGUGUACUCGGGCACCGUGGACGGGGCCGUCACGCUCAAGGGCGCCUGCGGGUGCGCGCUCGUCAUCACGGGCGGCACCGAGACGGGCCACGCGAGCGGGACGUACUCGCACGCCAACGGGUACAAGUUUGACUUCAGGAAGAACACGCAGCUGGAUGCGUAUGUCAAGAACAGCUUCACCCGGAUCGCGGAUCGUGGCGAUGGCUAUGCCCAGUGGAAGAGCGCUGCGGGGAACAUCUACUGUGAUGAGGGUAACCACUGGGACGUGACAUACUACUAAAUCAUGGAGAAUGAGCAUGGGAACGAGGAAUAAAUCCAUACGCUAGGCAUAGUAACAAAUAUGUUCAUUGCAUUUUUUGCACAAGUCAUCUAUGUACCGAGCAUGAUGCCGUUACAAAGAC